CCAAUAUUCUACAUACCUUAACCUUCAUUUUGGUCUUUGAUUGAAGUGUCCACCUUAAAAACCAAUGAAGUUAUGAUAAUUUAAACAUUGCAAAACUUUAAACGCGAUUUUCCGCAUUUAAAAAAAUGGCGCUUUGUACGUUUUUGCUCGCACGGCCUCAUUUCCCCUGGUACUGAUAUUGUGUUUAUUACCUAGAUUUCUUACCUAGAUGGGGAGAACCCCAUCUAGAAUCAGGUGACGCCUCCAACCAAGACAGCAAGUAGAUUGUCCUUUAGAUGUUCUGAUGGUUGGCUAAUGUGGCAUCACCAAGACCACACAAACAACUGCCAUAACACUCUUGAGUAAGUGCCAAGACAAUAUAUAUAUAGUCAGGUUGGCAAUCCCGAGUGGAGACACAGCACAGCACAGGACACAAGUUUACAAGUUAAAGAGAUACUCAACAACCCAAAGUCAAUCAAAAUCAUACAAAAUUUGACCGAGAGAAGUGUGGAGAUGACGUUUGAAAGCAUUAACAGAAUUCACCACAACAACUGAUUCUGGUAAAUUAUUCCAAAUGCUAAUGACCCGCACAGAGAAGAAACGAGCUCGAACAUCAGUAUUGUAACGAGGAACAAAAAGCUUAAAGGAGUGGCCUCUCGUGUGUCUGUUGAAAUUUCUAACAAAGAGGUGACCUAGAUUUGGACAAAACCCUUUCAGAAUGUUGAACACCAUAAUGAGAUCAGCUCUGAUCAAUCUUCCUUUAAUGGAAUAGAGACUCAAUCUAGCGAGACGUUCACUGUAUGGCAUAUCAUGGAAACCGGUAAUUUUCUUGGUCCACCUCCUCUGAACAUUUUCUAAAAGCCUAAAUUCUCUUGUAUAACCAGUGAACCAAACCACAGAGGCAAAGUCCAAGAUAGGGCGAAUAUGCGAGAUAAAAACUGUCUUCUUGAAAUCAGGAGAUCUGCAAAGGGUACCCUUUAGAAUACUGUAACCAAUGCCUCCAGCCUUGCCAGUGAUUUCUCUCACAUGCAAAUGAAACUUUAGGGAGGAAUCCACCCUGACCCCAAGAUCCUUAUGGUUAUCUACAUCUUGUAUGGGUUGGUUUCCAAUAAAAUAUGGUAAAGGAGCAGGAGCAUAAAGGAGAUUCCUACAAAAGUUCAUUCUGGCACAUUUGCCAACUGAGAAAGAUAAACCCCAAGAGCUGCUUGUGUUGUAAAGAGUGUUGAUGUCUCUCUGCAAAAUACUGUGAGAAAUUAAUUGGUUAGACUUAGAAAUUUCAGUAGCUAGGCAUAAUUUAAGAUCAGCAAAUAAACAAGACUUACAAUUUAGUUCUGAAACAUGAUUAAUGUAAAUGAGAAAAAGCAAGGGACCAAUGACAGAAGGGCCGUACUUUAAAAACCUUUCACCAGGCCUGGCACUGGAGUUCUCCAGGCGAUCCAAUAUUUGGUACCAUUAGACGGAAUGAACGCUUCGCCGGGCUAAGCCUCGCCAGCGCUGAGGACGAAAUAGUAAUGGAACUUGCCGCCGAACGAUAGUCCAGGCGGAGGCUUCCUUUCCCGCUGGCAAAAGGCAUAAAUUUGAAUUGUUUUACUAUGUCUGCAGUUGCAUGAGAAGUUGAACGAAUUAGAAAAGACGCACUAAUUUAUUUUUGCAAUAACUCAAGCAAGUUUUAUAAAUAUCGAUGUAUUUACAUCUUUUUUCAAGACUAUGUAGUAGCGCUCCAUGAGGAUUUAAGACGCCUGCCUCCUCCGGUAAGUGCACUCUGUAUUAUCGUUCACAUAUUUAGGUUAAUUUCCAUUUUAUGCAAGCCUGCGGCUUUGUUUGAAUGUUUUGAUGAAUGCAGCGGUACUGUCAGGUGCAUCAAAGGUAUCUCACGCCCGCAGGUGAGCCAUAAUGAGCUGUGCCAAGGCCACAUUCUUGAGUCCUGCUUGGGCUAGUCAUAUUACUGAUUUUGUGCAGGAUGAGUUAAUAAAUUGUUAUUUUUAUCAUAAUUUCAUAAUGAAAUUUACAAAAUGAGUAUCCAGAAUCAUUUGUCAGUUGUGUAUUUAUAAAUUAUUGAUUGAUUUAAUAGGCAAAAUGUAACAAAAGCUGAUGAAGGUAUUUCCUGUUUCCUGUAUUUUCAGGUACUGACAUAAGAGUGCAAGCAAGUAUAAAGGCUGUAGUCACUGUCUAGUGGGGUCACUCCCUCCUAAACCUAGAUCAAAAGCAAGACCCAGGUAAGCCAACUAGAAUUUAUGAAGGGUUACUACUAGAAACAUCGGUAAAAUUUUACGUGUGCCCGUCUCGCACUGGCAGAUGAAAAUAUUCUAGAGGGUAGUUUUUGGUGUGUUUUGAAAUAAUCUGCUUACCAUUAGUUUUCUUCUACCCUCCCCCCCUUCCCAUUUAGUGAAACCCAUCGAUAUUUCCUGCAGGACACUCGCCCUUUAUUGGUAAACCUAAAACUAACCUAACCUUGAUCCCCGUGAUAACUUUUUUCUAACCAACUAGGGGCCCUACACCCCUUCAUAAAGCACAUAGGUGUCUUUCGCCGUGAUGCGGGUGCACUUGUAAAACAAUACCAAAGCAUCUGUAUCAUAAAUAUUCGAAGACCAAUUGUCAUUACAUUGAUUCUUCACUUAGUUCUACUACUUGAUGAUAUGUUGCAUAUCACAUUAAUAUUACAUAAAUAUUACUUGCUGUCAAAGUUCAUUUCUUGGCAUACAGGUCCCAUCAUACAUCAUAACUCAUAAUAGUCACUAAUACUUUGUUUGAAUAACAUUACAUAAAUACUACUUGCUGGCAAAGUCCAUUUUCCAUCAUACAUCAUUAUUCCUAAUAGUCAAUAAUACUUUGUUUGUAUAAGCAUUACAUCAUUGUAUAUAAUGUAUAUUCUUCAGAUGAUGGCAGCCUUACAAGUUUUUGAGGAGCCUGAUGUCCUCGAGGAUGCUGCAGGGGAAAGGGUCAGACUGCCGAGAAGGAUUGUGAAGGAUCGCUUGGAUUUAUUCCUGACUUUGACUGAAGAGGAAUUUACAUCCAGGUUCAGGAUAUCAAAGCAAAGCGCAAGGGCCUUACUUGCUGACUUACAUUUACCAGAGGCAGCUGAUGCAAGAGGAUGUCCUGUACCACCUCACCUUCAACUCCUCAUCACCUUAAGAUGGAUGGCCACUGGUGACCUGCACCAAACUAUUGGAGAUUGCCUGGAUGUCUCUCAGCAGUUUGUAAGUUCAUGCUCUUCACGUACUGUGCGUGCUAUCGCUGCUUUAUAUCAGCAGUAUGUAAAGUUUCCUGGAAGGCAUGAGUUAGGGUCCAUCAAGACACACUUUGAAGCAAUCUCUGGAUUCCCAGGUGUCAUUGGUGCAAUAGACUGCACACACAUUCCCAUUCUCAAUCCAGGUGGUCAGCAAGCAGAAACUUACCAAAGCAGAAAGGGCUUCUUUUCAUUAAAUGUACAAGCAGUGUGUGGUCCAGACUUAACAUUUUAUAAUAUUAUUUGUCGAUGGCCAGGAUCAGUCCAUGACAGCAGAAUAUUUGCUAAUAGUUCUCUGUAUGCUCAGUUGCAAGCUGGCGAUUACAAUGGCCAUUUGUUAGGGGACUCAGCCUCCCCUAUUCAUCCCUUUCUUAUGACUCCUGUUGGGAAUCCAUCACGGCCAAAUGAAGGACGAUAUAAUUUGGCUCAUGCUAAAACCCAUAAUGUAAUAGAGAGAGCAUUUGGAGUGUGGAAACGACUAUUCCGUUGUCUGGCCAUUCCUAUGCGUACAAGCCUGGACACAACCAUAGCCACAAUCUGCAGUGCAGCUGUUUUGCACAACAUUGCACUGGCAGACAGGAAUGAAGAUAUGGAAGAUUAUGACAAUGACAUUAUAAAUGAAGAGGAAAGACUCAUUGAGAAUGCACAAAAUAGACAUGCAGGACAGAGGAAGAGGGCAAACAUGAUAAAUAAUGUAUUUUCAAAUGAAUAA